GAAACAGUGUGUGAGGGGAAGAGGCCUGUUUCGCUCCCGGGUCUCUAGUUCUUGCACGCUCUUUAAGAGUCUGCAUUGGAGGAACUCUGCCAUUACCAGCUCCCUUCUUACAGAAGGGAGGGGGAAACAUACAUUUAUUCAUGCCAGUCUGUUGCAUGAAGGCUUUUUGGCUUCCUAUCUUGCAACAAAAUAAUUGCACAAACUCCUCAGUACCGAUUCCGCCCACAGAGAGUCCUGGAGCCAGAGUCUUUUCUGCUUUGCAUUGUAGGAGAGGGACUAAGUGAUAGAGACUAUGUCGCUUUCCUGAGCUCCUGAGAGCGCUCGUGAACUGGAAUCAACUGCUUCAGGGGAAGGAAAAAAAAAAAAAAAAAACAGACUUGCCUGGGAGGCGGCGAAAAACUUGCAUUCGAAGCUUCAGCAACCAGCAUUCAAGAAACUCCUCUCCACUUUUAGCACGGUCUCCAGGACUCAGGAGCCGAGAGACAGCGCAAACUGCGGCGCGGUGAGAGAGAGAAGAGCGAGAGAGAGAGGGAGGGAGACUCUCCAGCCUGGGAACUAUAACUCCUCUGCAAGAGGCGGAGUACUCCCGCCCCGCAUCUUUUGGAGACUUUUCUCUCUUCGCCCACCUCCGCCCCGGCCGGGAGUUGAGCCGACCGCUCGGCCGCCGCGCGCGUCCCCCAACUCGGCGUGCGCUUGGCCCCGGGAGCCGGGAGGGCCCGGCGAUUGCGCCGCGGCCGCCGCAAGGGUGUGAGCGCGCGUGGGCGCCCGCCGAGCCGGGGCCAUGGUGCAGCAAACCAACAACGCCGAGAACACGGAAGCGCUGCUGGCCGGCGAGAGCUCGGACUCGGGCGCCGGCCUCGAGCUGGGCAUCGCCUCCUCCCCCACUCCCGGCUCCACCGCUUCCACGGGCGGCAAGGCCGACGACCCGAGCUGGUGCAAGACGCCGAGCGGGCACAUCAAAAGGCCCAUGAACGCCUUCAUGGUGUGGUCGCAGAUCGAGCGGCGCAAGAUUAUGGAGCAGUCGCCCGACAUGCACAACGCCGAGAUCUCCAAGCGGCUGGGCAAACGCUGGAAACUGCUCAAAGACAGCGACAAGAUCCCUUUCAUUCGGGAGGCGGAGCGGCUGCGUCUCAAGCACAUGGCUGACUACCCCGACUACAAGUACCGGCCCAGGAAGAAGGUGAAGUCCGGCAACGCCAACUCCGGCUCCUCGGCCGCCUCCUCCUCCAAGCUGGGGGAGAAGGGCGACAAGGUCGGUGGCAGCGGCGGGGGCGGCCACGGGGGCGGCGGCGGUGGCGGGAACGGCAACGCGGGGGGAGGAGGCGGCGGCGCGAGCGGCGGCGGCGCCAACUCCAAACCCGCGCAGAAAAAGAGCUGCGGCUCCAAAGUGGCGGGCGGCGGGGUCGGCAAGCCCCACGCCAAGCUCAUCCUGGCGGGCGGCGGCGGGGGCGGCGGGAAAGCGGCGGCCGCCUCCUCCUCCUCUUUCGCGGCCGAGCAGGCUGGGGCCGCCGCCCUGUUGCCCCUGGGCGCCGCCGCCGCCGCGGCUGCCGACCACCACUCGCUGUACAAGACGCGGACUCCCGGCGCCUCGGCCUCGGCGGCGGCCUCGGCCUCCGCCGGCCUCGCGGCCCCGGGCAAGCACCUGACCGAGAAAAAGGUGAAGCGCGUCUACCUGUUCGGCGGCCUGGGCGCGUCGUCCUCGCCCGUCGGCGGCGUGGGCGCGGGCGCUGACCCCAGCGACCCCCUCGGCCUAUACGAGGAGGGGGGCGCCGGCUGCUCGCCCGACGGGCCGAGCUUGAGCGGCCGCAGCAGCGCCGCUUCGUCGCCGGCCGCCGGCCGCUCGCCCGCCGACCACCGUAGCUACGCCAGCCUGCGCGCCGCCUCGCCCGCCCCGUCCAGCGCGCCCUCGCACGCGUCCUCGUCGGCCUCGUCCCAUCACUCCUCCUCCUCCUCGUCCUCCUCCUCCUCGGGCUCGUCGUCCUCGGACGACGAGUUCGAAGACGAUCUGCUCGACCUGAACCCCAGCUCAAACUUUGAGAGCAUGUCCCUGGGCAGCUUCAGCUCGUCGUCGGCGCUGGACCGGGACCUGGAUUUUAACUUCGAGCCUGGCUCCGGCUCGCACUUCGAGUUCCCGGACUACUGCACGCCCGAGAGACCCCCCCCCCGCCCCGCACCGCUUCCAACGAGCUUCCGGACUUGUCUGCACCCCCGGCCAGAAGCCGAGUUGGUAGUUUUCUAAGAGACUGAAGAAAUCUCGUUCCUCUCUCAUCGCCCCCUUGGUAUUUUAUAUUUGGUUUUUUUUUUGAUCCGGAGAGGAGGAGAAAAAAAAAAAUCCAACGCGCCCCCGGGGCGUUUUGUUCUCAGCAUCCCCGCCCCCAUACUUCUUCGCCAACACCCCCCCCCCCCGCGCGCAAGAAGACAGAAGGCUCCGGGGAGUCGAAUUUGACCGACGGCAGAUGUUGGAGGGUCGCACGGACCCGAGCGCCGGGACUGAGAGACUCCACGCUGGCGAAUUCCCGUUUUGUUUUUGGAGGGGUUUUUUUUUUCUCUCUACUUUUUUUUUUUUUCUUUUUUUUUUUCUUGCCCCUGCAGCCGGAGGAGGAGAUGUUGAGUGACCGGCGCUCGGAAAUGACCCAAGAACCUAGUUGGAAAGCCACACCAGCCAGGGCGAGGGGCGGGGAGGAGAAAAACACGAACUGGACAGGGGCGAAUAAUAAAACUGAAAUGGAUUUGCACGUUGGGGAGAAGGUGGCGGCGUCUCCUGGGCCUCCGCCUCCCGCAUCUCUGAAAUCAGUGAGGUGAGACUUCAAGGCCCGCAGGCGCGGAGGAGAGGAGACUGUUUGAUGUGGUACCGGGGCAGUGGAGGGCGAGUGGUGUCGGGGGAAAAAAAAAAGGUUUUUUGCUUCUCUUAAUCGGAAUCGUGAUGGUGUUGGAUUAUUUCACUGGUGGGGUUAAUAUAGCAUGUUAUCCUGUCUAUCUUUUAAAGAUUUCUGUAUAAGACUGUUGAGCAGUUUUUAAAAUAGUGUAGGAUAAUAUAAAAAGCAGAUAGAUGGCGCUAUGUUUGAUUCCUACGACAGAAAUUAUCACCAGCUUUUUUUCAUUCUUAACUCUUUAAAGGAUUCAAACGCAACUCAAAUCUGUGCUGGACUUUAAAAAACAAUUCAGGACCAAAUUUUUUCUCAGUGUGUAUGUGUUUAUUCCUUAUAGGUGUAAAUGAGAAGACGUGUUUUUCCCUCACCGAUGCUCCAUCCUCGUUUUUUUUUUCUUUUUUUUUUCCUUGUAAAUGUAAUCAGAUGCCAUUUUAUAUGUGGACGUAUUUAUACUGGCCAAACAUUUUUUUUCUUAUUUUGUCCCUUUCUUUCUUUUGCUUUUUUUUUCUUUUUACUUCCUUAUUUACUCCUUCCUUCCCUUUUCUUUCAUUUUUUUUUUUUGUAGUUGUUGUUACCCACGCCAUUUUACGUCUCCUUCACUGAAGGGCUAGAGUUUUAACUUUUAAUUUUUUAUAUUUAAAUGUAGACUUUUGACACUUUUAAAAAAACAAAAAAAGACAAGAGAGAUGAAAACGUUUGAUUAUUUUCUCAGUGUAUUUUUGUAAAAAAUAUAUAAAGGGGGUGUUAAUCGGUGUAAAUCGCUGUUUGGAUUUCCUGAUUUUAUAAUAGGGCGGCUGGUUAAUAUCUCACAGUUUAAAAAAAUCAGCCCCUAAUUUCUCCAUGUUUACACUUCAAUCUGCAGGCUUCUUAAAGUGACAGUAUCCCUUAACCUGCCACCAGUGUCCAUCCUUCGAUCUCAGUCCUAUAAAAAGGGGGAGGAGAAUUAGCCAAACACUGUAUGAUUUUAAGAAAAACAAAAUUUUUAAGCAAAAUACUGUUUUAUCCAGAGGCUUUAAAACUGGGGCAUUUACAGCAAAAAGGGAUCCUGUAGCUUUAACUUGUAAACCACAUCUUUUUUGCACUUUUUUUAUAAACAAAAACGUGCCGUUUAAACCACUGGAUCUAUCUAAAUGCCGAUUUGAGUUCGCGACACUAUGUACUGCGUUUUUCAUUCUUGUAUUUGACUAUUUAAUCCUUUCUACUUGUCGCUAAAUAUAAUUGUUUUAGUCUUAUGGCAUGAUGAUAGCAUAUGUGUUCAGGUUUAUAGCUGUUGUGUUUAAGAUUGAAAAAAGUGGAAAACAUCUUUGUACAUUUAAGUCUGUAUUAUAAUAAGCAAAAAGAUUGUGUGUAUGUAUGUUUAAUAUAACAUGACAGGCACUAGGACGUCUGCCUUUUAAGGCAGUUCCGUUAAGGGUUUUUGUUUUUAAACUUUUUUUUGCCAUCCAUCCUGUGCAAUAUGCCGUGUAGAAUAUUUGUCUUAAAAUUCAAGGCCACAAAAAACAAUGUUUGGGGGAAAAAAAAGAAAAAAAUCAUGCCAGCUAAUCAUGUCAAGUUCACUGCCUGUCAGAUUGUUGAUAUAUACCUUCUGUAAAUAACUUUUUUUGAGAAGGAAAUAAAAUCAGCUGGAACUGAACCCUAAA